UACGACAUUAAAUUAACAACAACAGAAUAGAAAAAAGGAAAAAAAACAAACCACAAAACAAAACAUUUAACUCAAGUGCAUAUUGAUUCAAAAACCCGAGACUCAGAGAGAAGCCAGAAGUGAGAAGCCAAAAAGCAUUUCCCAUUCUCACUGUCUAAAUCUCUGUCGGAGAAGUGUCCUUAGUUACUGAAUUCUGAAUCUGAUUGGGCGUGGUUUUGGGCCUUCAGAGACGGCCAUGGGCUGUGCCAACUCGAAGCUCGACGACCUCCCGGCGGUGGCCCUCUGCCGUGACCGCUGCAAGUACCUCGACGAAGCUCUCCGCCAUAGCCACACCUUCUCCGACGCCCACGCCGGCUACUUAGACUCCCUCAAAACACUGGGCCCCACUCUCAACCGCUUCUUCGCUCAUAACGCAGAUCACCACCAAGCCAGUGUUAAUGGCGCCGAGCCUCCGAAACCUUCUCCGCCGCCGGAGAAAUCCCGCUCGGAUUCCGUGGACGAUGGGGCCGACAAAGAUCGGGUUAGUUUCCUCACUGAAGACGAAACCCAGGGCUUAAUCACUCACAAUUUCGGCUUCUCCAGCUCUGUUAAUGGCGGCUCGGCUCCUUCGAAGCCGCCGCCGUCGCCUCCACCGGCUUCGAUUGGCUCGGCGUGGGAUUUUCUGAACCUGUUCGACACGUUCGAGAGGUACGAGCGUUUGUACAUUUCGAAUUCGGAGAGCGAGCUGAGAGAAUCCACGGCGGCGGCGGAUAAGGUGGUGAAACCCGAGGGAUCAGACGAGAAAACCGGCGCGGGUAAGGCUCAGGCAGCGGAGGAUGGAAAAACGGCGACGUACGAGGUUCCGGUGGUGGAGAACAAGAUGAAGGAAGAAACGGCUGAGAAGGCAAGCGACUCGGCUGCUUCGGCGACCCCACUUGGCGUCUCGGAAGCUUUGAAUUUGAUUCAGGUUCUGUUCGUUCAAGCUUCAGAGUCUGGAAAUGGAGUUCUCAACUUGCUCUAUUAUCGUCAGAGAAUGCCUCUUAAUCAAGAUUCUUUUCGUUUGUGUUUUGAGGAAGAUAUGGGGAUUAGUCCACGGAAUCUGUCUUCCACUUUAAAGAAGCUCUUAUUGUGGGAGAAGAAACUUUAUUGUGAAGUCAAGGCUGAGGAAAAGCUGCGCAUAAUUCACCAGAGAAAGUUACAGGAGCUGAAAUAUUUGGAUAAAGAGGGUGGUAACAAAGCUCAGAAAGCUAACUCCACUAGAGCCUUGCUGAGAGACUUGACAACUAAAUUGAAUAUUGCUUUUCAGAUUGUUGACAGGAUUUCAAUUGCAAUCAACAAGUUGAGGGACGAAGAAUUUUGGCCUCAGAUCAUGGAAUUGAACCAUAGAUUACUCCAAAUGUGGAAAGCCAUGCUAGAGUGUCACAAGUCCCAAUACCAAGCGGUUGCAGAAGCGAAAGGUUUAGAUGCGAUCACAUAUGAUGGAAAGCUGAAUAAUGCUGAUCUUAAAGCCGCCAUACAGCUCAAGUUAGAGCUUCAAACCUGGAACUUAAGCUUCUCCAACUGGGUUUUCACUCAAAAGGACUAUGUAAAAUCCUUGAACGGUUGGCUCGUGAGAUGUCUUCUAUACGAACCCGAAGAAACACCUGAUGGUUUAAUUCCGUUCUCUCCUGGUAGGCUUGGUGCACCCCCGGUAUUUGUCAUCUUGAAUCACUGGUCACACGCCAUGGAUACACUCUCAGAAGCCGAAGUGAUUGGAGCAAUCCAGGGAUUUCUUGCAGCCAUAGAUCUGUUACUAAAAGAGCACAAUGUGGAUCUUCAGCAAAUAGUCAUUGCAGACAAAGAAAUUGAGAAGAAAGUUAAGAUCUUGGAGAGGGAGGAGCAAAAGAUGCAAAAGCUAAUGCAGGGUCGAGAGAAGAAUAUGGUAAUCUCGGUCGGUCAUACUCAUCAGAAAGGGACUAGUUUUGUUAACCACAGUGAAAUUAUCAGGUAUAGUAACUUGCAGUUGGGUUUGAAGCAGAUAUUUCUGGCCAUGGAGAAGUUCAUGCAAAAUUCCAUGCACAUAUACGAGGAACUUCGCAUUCGAAUUGAAGAAGUCAGCGAACAUGCUUUGGAGACUCAAACUGGUGCAUAAAUUUUCACACAUAUAAUAAGGUACUUGUCUGCCUUGUUAUAAAUCAAUUUUGCUGGUAACUUCAUGAGUAUCAUUGUUAUUGAGGCUGGCUCAUUAAAUUAAUUAACAUGGUUAUUAUACUUCGAAAGGACUAGUUGUUCCUAAAUUCCUAUCAAUGACGCUUAUUCCUUUUCACAGUGCCUAACUUUGUGUGAAUACUAUUAUCAGUUUGAUUGCUUAA